AUGGUUAUUGAUGGAAGUUUCCUUAAAGCAGCAUAUAUGGAUACCAUAUUGACUGCUUGCACACAUGAUAGAGCUGAUGCUUGGGCGAUAUUGAAGAACCAACAGCUAAAACCUGGUCAAUAUUGCUUUUUUUACUACAAGAAGGAUAAACUCCUUGGAACUUUUGAAUUUCUAGUGAAUCCGAUGUCGGAUGAGAGUUUAUGGAUAAUCCCAAUAGAGGUGAUGGAAGAUGUGGUCCUACCACCUAAAGGGAGAAGGAAUGCAAGAAGGCCAAGAAAGAAAAGACUCCAACCUGCUUCAGAAAAAGAGUCUAAGAGGGCGUUUUCAUGUUCUGUGUGUGGACAAGGUGAUCACAAUAGAAAAACAUGUAGGAAUUGA